AUGAUGACCGACACGAAGGACAACAUCACUGGCUUAGAAGAGGCACAAGUGCAGUCUGAUGUGCCCCUCAAGUUGCCUGCAGAACAAUGGGAAAGUCUAAGGAGAGUCCCGGAUCAUCUUCCAACUGUUGCCCUGUUGAUUCUAGUUGUGGAGCUCGGGGAACGAGUCACUUAUUUCGGGCUUAGCGGCCCGAUUCAAAACUACAUCAACAAUCCAUAUGAUCCUUCCUCCGAUCUGCCUGGGGCCCUCGGCCGCGGUCAGGCGGUAGCCACAGCGUUGGGCAAUUUCUUCAAGUUUUGGGCCUAUGCAUCCACGGUCAUUGGAGCUAUCAUCGCAGACCAGUACCUUGGAAAGUUCAAGGCGAUUCUAGCUGCUUGCGCAGUGUACAUCGUGGGUCUCGUCAUUCUCGUUGCAACUGCAACACCUACAUCUAUUACAAGCGGCGCAGGUUUCGGUGGUUUGAUCGCAGCGAUGAUUACCAUUGGUCUCGGCACAGGUGGUAUCAAGGCCAACGUGACGCCAAUGUGUGCGGAACAAUACCAGAACUCGCACCCGGUUGUCAGAACUUUGAAAUCGGGUGAGGAAGUACUGGUCGAUCCUGAACUAACAGUGCAGAGACUCUUCAUGUGGUUUUAUUGGGUUGUCAAUAUUGGAGCAUUGUCACCAUUGAUCACUGUCAACGUCGAAGCGCACCAUUCAUUCUGGCUGGCAUAUCUCAUUCCACUCAUCGCUAUCAUCAUUUCCACCGGCAUUUUUAUUUCGGGACAGAAGAAAUACGUUAAGGUUCCCCCAGAGGGCUCUGCUAUAAUUGACGCUCUCCGUGUCACUCGUAUUGCUAUCGAGGAAAAUGGCUUCAAAAACGCGACUCCUUCGGCUUUGAGAGAGUCCGGACACGAUGGCAAAUAUGCUAUUGCAAGUGAGACCAGAUAUACCGAUGGAUAUGUCAUGGAUGUCAUGAGAGGUCUGAAGAGUUGCAAGAUGUUCAUCUUCUUCCCUCUUUAUUUCAUCUGUUGGAUUCAAACUUGGAAUAAUCUCAUUUCCCAAGCGGGUGAGAUGGCCCUGCAUGGUACCCCGAAUGAUUUGCUACAAAAUUUGGAUCCCAUCGCCUUGUGCAUCUUCAUACCCUUCUUGGACAUGAUCGUUUACCCCAUGUUUCGCAAAUAUCGCAUCGACUUUGAUCCAGUCACCCGGAUCUUUGUCGGCUUUCUCUUCGCCUCCAUCUCUAUGGUCUACGCCAGUGUCCUGCAAUACUACAUCUAUAAAUCCCCGCCCAAGAGUAUCCAUGUCUGGAUACAAGCACCCGCUUACCUACUCGUGGCGUUUUCCGAGGCGUUCAUCAUCGUCACCGGGCUGGAGCUAGCCUUCACCCAAGCUCCAAAGAAGUAA